AUGCGUCUCACACUUUUCUAUAUCGGGAUGUGCGUGUCAGUCACCGCUGCACAAGUCUGUAAUGGUUAUGCCGAGCUCUGUGAUCGUAAAUGGUCAGAAAUAUCCCAAAUAGGAACACACGAUAGCGCAUUCGUGGGAGAUUUACCAGCAGAAAACCAGAAUCUCGAUGUCACCGCUCAACUGAAUGCUGGUGUUCGAUUUCUUCAAGCCCAGACUCAUUAUUUCCUCGAUACAUUGACGUUAUGUCAUACUUCCUGCUUUUUACUGGAUGCUGGGCCAGCUGUCUAUUAUCUAGAGGAUAUCAAGAAAUGGCUUGAUGCGAACCCUAAUGAAGUCGUAACCUUACUACUUACGAAUGGAGAUUAUAUUCCUGUCGGAAAUUUCAGUUCAGCAAUGGAAGUGUCUGGUCUGGCAAAAUAUGCAUAUACACCACCGCAUCAGUUAGCCAUAAAUGAAUGGCCUACACUUCAAGAACUGAUCACGGCUGGCGAUAGACUUGUGAUGUUCCUCGACUACGACGCGGAUACGAAUGUAGCUCCAUACAUUCUACCCGAGUUUUCUUACUUUUUCGAAACUGCGUAUGAUGUAACUACUCCUACAUUCCCAACAUGUACACUCGAUCGUCCUCCAGGAUCGAAUGGAGAUGGACUUUUGCCGUUGAUAAACCAUUACUUGGAUAUUGAUGUCUUCGGUAUCCUCAUGCCAAAUAGACUGGAAGCCAAAAAGACGAAUGCGGCAACAGGCAUAGGUAGUAUUGGAGCCCAAGCCGACCUCUGUACCUCAAAUUGGGGUCGAAAACCGCGAGUAAUGCUCCUGGAUUUCUUCGACGUUGGAAAUGCAAUAGAAGCACAAAAUACAUUGAAUGGCUUGUAA